AUCACCAAAGAAACAACAACAAGAAUCAAGGUUUCUGCUGGUGAGCUCAUCGCAUUGAAUUGUUUCCUCUAGGGGCUCGCUUCGUGAAACAGUUGUACAAAAACCAUGUCUUUGUGUUGGAGAUUGCAUAAUGCUGAGAUUUGGGGUCAAACUUCAUCGACGAUUAUCAUUGUUUCUAACACGAGCUGAUUGGCCGAAACACCCAUGCUUGGUGGGUCUGCUGGACUUGGACCCUGGCAAGACUAGCCGAUUUCGCAACCGGACCUAACACCUCUUCGGCCAUUGAAUUGUACUUUCCACUUCAGGUUUCGAUGGAUGGAUGGAUGGAUGCCCGUGACUGGACGACCCCUCCAGUUGGUUGAGGUUCAGGUUCUCAAGUGAAGUGGAAGUCCCGCGGGGUAGCUCCCAUCGAUCGCGAUGUGAAUUGCUUUUAUUCUUCCCGUCGCCCUGCGCUUUCGGGUUUGUCCUGAGCUUUCCUUCUUCUCCUUCCAAGCCAAUUUGGAGAAGCAGUCAGCAGUCGACAGUGUCUUUCACGAUGGCUUCCCACCAACAUCCACCCCCCGGUGCCUUCCACAACAGGAAGUUCAGCAUCAACCGCAACACUGGUAUCCCCAGACCUGCCCGUCGCUUUUCCAUCCAAGAGCCCAGCGCUACUGAGGCGUCCAGUAAGAUCCACAGAAAGUUCAGAGAAGCUCAUGAAGGACAUCUUCCUCAUGCUGGACUGGAUGCCACUCGAUCCUCCACCGGAGUCAUCUGGUGCUCCGAGCAAGCCGGCGAGCAUGGUUUCUUUGAGGAGCCCGAGAAGUGGGCAAACCUCGGACAGGGCGCUCCCGAAGUCGACGACGAAAUUGAAGGCUGCUUCCCCCGCCCCCAGCACCUCGACAUUUCCGUAAACUCUCGCGAGUAUGGUCCCACAGCCGGCAUCAAGCCUCUCCGCGAAGCCGUCGCAAACCUCUACAACGAGAUGCACCGCCAAGGCAAGGAAUCCAAGUACACGUGGGAGAACGUUGCCAUCGUCCCCGGUGGCCGCGCCGGCCUGAUCCGUAUCGCCGCCGUCCUCAAUAACGCCUACGUCGGUUUCUUCAUCCCCGACUACACGGCCUACAACGAGAUGCUUUCUCUCUUCAAGAACUUCGCCGCUAUUCCCGUCCCGCUGUCCGAAGAAGACGACUACCACAUCCACCCCGAGAAGAUCGCCGAGGAAAUCGCCCGUGGCACUUCGGUCAUCAUCACCUCCAACCCGCGCAACCCCACCGGCCGUGUCGUUGCCAACCCCGAACUCGCAGAAAUCCAGGACAUCUGCCGCGAGCGUGCCACUUUGGUUUCUGACGAGUUCUACAGUGGAUACAACUACACCUCCAACUGCGACGGUACCACCAUCUCUGCCGCCGAAAACGUCCAAGAUGUCGACGAGGAUGACGUUCUCAUCAUCGACGGUCUGACCAAGCGCUUCCGCUUGCCCGGCUGGCGUGUAGCAUGGAUCUUGGGACCCAAGGAGUUCAUCAAGGCCAUCGGCUCGUGCGGUUCUUACCUCGACGGUGGCACCAACGUGCCUUUCCAGGAGGCUGCCAUCCCCAUGCUUGACCCCACGCUCGUCAAGGCCGAGAUGAAGGCUCUCCAGCGUCACUUCUGCGAUAAGCGCGAUUUCGUCGUUGGCCGCCUUCGCGAGAUUGGUUUCUCCAUCAAGCUCGUCCCCGACUCGACCUUUUACCUCUGGCUCAACCUGGAGUGGCUGCCCGGCCCGAUUUCUGACGGCUUGAACUUCUUCCAGGCCUGUCUCGAGGAGAAGGUGAUUGUCGUCCCGGGUAUCUUCUUCGACUUGAACCCCAGCAGACGUCGUGAUCUCUUUGAUUCCCCCUGCCACCACUUCGUGCGCUUGUCGUACGGCCCGACCCUCGACAUUCUGGCGAGGGGCUGUGAUGGUAUUGAGCGUGUGGUCAGGAAGUUCCAGGCGUUGGAGGCCGAGGGUGCUUAUGGGGUCCCCAAGGCCCCGAGCCCGAGCAGGACGGAGGGUGAGAAGGAGCCACACACUGUGCCUAGUGCGGGUGGUGGGGAGAGGGAGAAGGAUGAGGAAUUGCAUUUGCUUUAAGCGGCGUCAGCCUCUGGUAAGGCAUGGGCUCUUGACUGGCCUUGAUGCCAUGGUGUUUCAGUGGUUUACUGGCCGGUGUCUUUGUUACCGUACGCAUUGCGAUUACAACAUGGCGAUUUGCGCUAGUUAGCGAGUUUGUGGCUUACUGUAGUCAAUUUACUACACCUUGACAUAUUUGCGUCCGUGAUAUCUACUUGUUGUUUCAACCUGACGAUAUCCUUCUGCCUCUUCACAGCUUCAAAAAUCCUCCGCUAUUAGUCGUCUACGAUUACAAUUACCCGUCUUUUCACAUAACCUCUUGCUCGUUUCCUUCGUAGGUUUCCCUUGAAGCCUUCGCAACAGCAUUAGCAGCCACCCCUUCUCCCUUCACCACACCACACCACUCUAGCUUGGAUGAGGAAGUCAUCG